AGAUUUUUUUUUUUGAUGUUCCCGUUUUGUAUUAUUCAUAAUAGUUUGGUGGUAUUGUUUUUUUUCUUCGUUCGGUCCAUCGGGUAAUCCGGUGUUCGGGCAAUCUCCAUACAUCCAGCCGAAAUGCUCCAUAGGAUUGUUCCAUGGAACGAACACACAUAUAAUAAUAAUUUCUGUUUCAUAAUGUUCAGUGUGUAGCGACUGUUCCAUUUGGAUCGACCAAUUGAUGGUGGUGAUGAUGAUGAGGAAUGCUAUAUGAAAGAAGAAUCUACCAAAAAAAAUCUCAUUUAUUGUGUGUAUGUUUGGCUACCUUUUAUUUUUCGUUGUUGUUCAAUAAUGUUUCUUCAUCACCAUUGAUUUUUCUGAUAUUCUGAAUCAAUGAAAAAUCUUCGAAAUGACAUGAUGAUGACAAUCAAUACAACAGCAUUAUCAUCACAUUCGAUGAAAGAUAAUAAAGAUUCAUCGACAACUGUAACAACAUUACCGAAAAAAUCAUUAGAUCAUUAUUCCAUAUCAAUCGUACAAGAAUGUACAGCUAUAAAAAAAGGUUUACUUUGGGAACAACAACAACAACCAAAAAUAUUUUUUUUCAAUCGUUGGAAAGAACGUUUUUUCAUUUUAACACAAGAUUAUCUUACUUGUUUUAAAAAAGGUUCGAAAAAAGUUGGUAUGUCUGAAAUGGGUAGUUUUGUUUAUAAGAUAAAUUUAAAUGAAAUUCAAAACCUAAAUUGGGUUGAUAAGAAAAAAAAUGGUGUAAUCGGUAUACAAUUAUCAAAUACAAUGAUAUUUUUAUGGAAUAAUUCUGAUUCAAUAUUAGAUGAAUGGAUGUCCAAAUUACAAGAUUCAACUAUUCGUACAAAAGAUCGUCGAACAGAAUCAUCGACAAAACUUCGUAAAUCAUCAACAUUAUUACCAAAUAUGUUACAUAUUACAACAAACCAUAAUAAUAAUGGCAAUAAUAAUAAAUUUAAAAAAACUGAAUUAAUUCAAAGUAAUGAUUCACCCAUUGUCAAUCAACGAUUAAAUCAAUCAACAUUGAUCACCAAAAAUGAUGAUGAUAAUGAUAAUAAUGGAUUUAUAAAAGAUAAUCAUAUGAUAAUACCACCACCACCUCCACCACGAAGAUAUCUUCGUUGUUUAUCGACAGAUUUAGGCAGUACAACAAUGAAUCAACAACAUUCGAAUGUUAAUCAAAUAGUAACACCAAGUUUAUCUCGUAAUUCAAUGGCUAUUCAUAAUUCACCAAUAUCAAUGAUCAACAAUCAUAACAACCAUAACAACAACAACAAAAAUGGCAAAACAAUAUGGACCAAAAUGAAUUUGGAUAUUAUUUCGAAUGUAAAAGAUUCGACGAUGUCAACAACAACAACAACAAAAAUGGCCACAAGAAAACAACCGUCCAAUGAUUCGAACAAUAGUAUUGGUUCAUCAUCAUCAUCAUCAUUAAUGUCACAAUCAUUACGUUGUAAAUCAUCAUAUGCACUUCAAUAUUCACCAUUAAUGAUCAAUAUUAAUGAUUCUCCAACGCAAACCAAUCAUCAUCAACAACAACAACAACAACGACGUAUUUGCAAUGCCAAACGAAUAUCAACAUUUCAAAACAAUCAUCAUAAUAAUAAUUCAAUACAACAAUAUUUAAUGAUGAAUAAAAAUAAUCAUCAAACAUCUAAUUCAUCAUCAUCAUUUUUCAAAUCAGCCGAUUCUGAAUUUACAUUUGUCAAUUCAAAAGCAAAUGAAUUUAAACCAGAAAAUUCAAUUAGAUCACGUAAUGGUUAUCAAACAACAACAAAUACGACUAACGCUUAUCAUAAUGAUAAUGAUUCACCAACAAAUAUGAAUUAUAUAAUAAGAUCAAAUCGUAUAUCAUCAUCAGCAUCAUUAAUGUUGAAUAAUAGACGUUUGAAAAAUCGGAAUUUUAUAUUGGAUCAAACGACAACAACAACAAUAUCACCAGUAUCACCAAUACCAACACCGCCACCAAUUCCACCACAUCGUACACAUUUACAUAAUUUUUGAUUAAUUUUUUCCUUUGUUUUUUGUUUUUGUUUUUUGAUUUCAAAAUUUUACAUUGAACUUACUUACUUACUUACUUACACAAACAAGCUUAUAAUUGUGAUACUAAUGUCGAUGGAUCAAUAAUUAAUUUGUUUUUUUUCUAUUCCAUUCAAUCAUUAUUGGAAGAAGAAAAAAAAAAUAUUGAAGAAGCAGCAGAUUUUUUUGUCCCUA